AGGUCACACCAUCCUCCUCUUUGAUCAUAUGCAAACUUGUCUUGUCCUCUAUUUUCCUUUCCCAUUCUAAAAAACAUGACAAUGUUUAAGCCAUUUGCAUUAUUCUUUCUCAUCUUGUGCACCUUUCUUGUUGUAACUCAGUCCAGAACUAUCCAACCAAACGAUGCCAAUCUAAUUCAACAAACUUGCAAAAACACUCCAAAUUAUGCACUUUGCAUUCAGUACCUAAAUUCUGACCCUAAAGCACCUAGUGCAGAUAUCAGGGGUUUAUCAUUAAUCAUGGUUAACGUAAUUAAGACCAAAGCAACCGCUACCCUAAACAAAAUCCGUCAACUUCUUAAAACGAGUCCUCCUAGUCAAAAGGGCGCACUUACUUCAUGUGAGAGUAAAUACAAUACAAUUAUUGUAGCUGAUGUUGCUGAAGCCACUGAAGCUUUGCAAAAAGGAAACCCAAAAUUUGCAGAAGAUGGUGCAAGUGAUGCUGAUGUUGAGCAAGAAGCCUGUGAGGGUGGAUUUUCUGGAAAUUCACCACUCACUGCUGACAACAACGUCAUGCAUAAUGUAGCAACGAUAGCAAGAGCUAUUAUUCGAAAUUUGCUAUAGCCAUUUUACUCAAAAUGUUUCAUUAUGCAAUUUACAUUCAAUAAAUUAAUAAAAUCAUAUUAUAUCAUAGUACUCGGUGCUUCCUUUUAAAUUGAGAAAUUAAUUAUAAAUGUGUCUAGCAUACAUGACAAAUCAAAUUGCACCAUGAUAUCUCUUCGGUAUACAUGUGUAUGUGGUUUGGCUCGGUAUUGUUUGAUUUUAAAAAUUCAAUCCGAAAUUUAAUCAUAGUAGUUUUCGCAAAAGGACAUCCAAACACAUCCAUUAUUUUUUAUUUGUUUUUCAACGUGACUUAAGUCAUGUGAUGGGUACUUUGGUCAGUUUUCUAACUUUUUUUUUUUCCUGGUUUGAAACAGAGAAAUGGCAAGGGCCAAAGUCAAUUGUUCUUGCGUUUCUUCUCCCGUAACAAAUAGCACGUUUUUGUGGAGAAUGUAAGCAGCCUUGGAAAUACAGUUUGUAGGAAGAGGUAGCUCUCUAACUAACUAUGGG